CCUAACGACCCUUUAUUCCAAAGAAGUGCCCUCGGCAGUGGUGCUAAACCUCCUGGUCGUGGUUCGUCUUCCGUGUUCAAUACAUAUACAAACAAUUUUGUGCUGUCAAAUGGGGGUGUGCCACCUGUGCCUACCUACUACAGUUGUGAUACAUCACAUCAAAGAGAACCUGUUUCGCCAACAUCAAUCAGUGCCCACUACAGCAGCGACGCAUCACUCAGAAUGUUUCCGAUAGUGAUGUACAACUGCACGGGACAGGCGAUGACAACGCAGCCGAUGACAAUGCCUCCAAGUGCUGGACAAACACCAGAGUCGUCGUCGAUGCCAGACCAGCAAUGGCAGCCGGCGAUGUCAAAUUUUCAACCGAUGGCAAUGCAACAGAUGUCAAUGCAACCGAUGGAGACAGCACAUUAUUAUGGGCAGCCUACAGGAAUGCAGACAACCGAUGAAGACAGCACAAUAUUAUGGGCAGCCUACAGGAAUGCAGAAUGGGCAGCUAAGUAAUAGUGCUACAAGAGGAAGAGCUCGGAGCUUACCGACAAUUUGCGCCGUUACUGCUAAGGGGUGGGUAAGCCUUGACGCAAAGAGUUCUUGCAUGUUCCUCUUCCUUUGUGAUAAAUCGACUCCUGGUUUUUGUGUACCUUGAUAAACAUAAUGAGUAGUAGUACUUUGAAAAAACUUACAAUGAUACAUAGUGAUCGCGUUGACGUUCUUAUAGUUAUUAAAAACGUAAAAGAUUGUUUCUUUAUUUAUCGACAUAUCAACCAAGAAGUGCCAACAGAGUUCUGAGUGUCUGUUCUUUUCUAAAAUAAAAAAGCUGUACUAGGCAGACGGAACGAACAACAGUGGGUGGAGAUGCGAGAAUAUGCUCAAUGAAGCCACCGGAGGGCGCGGAAACUAGUUUAGUUGGCAGAUCUGCAAUACGUUGUAGACGAUGCUUGAAAUACAAACUUGAAUUCGAUCGGCAACAUGACAGCAAUCUGAAGCUCAUGAGGAGAGUUCACAUGAUGAGGAGGCAUGAAGCAAAAUGCUCAAAGAAGAAAGUCUCCACAAAAUAUAAGUAGAAGGGUGGGAAAGAGCCUGGGUAGUAUGCUCAAAAUUAAACAAACAAGUCAAACAAUUCAACACACUAAGAAGCAAUCACUCCUCCCAAAUAUACAAAUAAUUCCCUUCCCAAAACAAAUGCUAGACAUACCCCUGGACUGGGUUUACUACUACUACUACUACUACUAGACUGAGACUUUCUAAAAAGAUAUUCUUUCGUCUCAGAGGGCGGCGAAUGAUGAUCGCAGUACUGAAUGUCGCAGUACUGCACAUAUUAGUUUGUGAGAAGUUAUCAGAUCUAUGUAUAGAUAAUCUAAUCAUAAAAAAUUGCAGCAAACAGUAGAGUGAUCAAAGCUGGCUCCGAGCCGAUCUUUGUCUGUCAUUAUUUUCCAUUUCUAGUGGGUGUGGGGUAGCAGUAGCACUCGUUUGCGAUCAGUGAAAGACGUCUGAGGUGGUCUCAUAGAAAGCAAAGGCAGGGUCUCAACUACCACACCCACAUUAACAUCAGAUGAAGAGCAGAUCAACAUAGAAGUCAGCAUUUCGCGUUAUCAUUAAGGGCGUUAUGUGCAGAAAUAGUUAGUUCAAGUUUUGUGAGUGGUUCGAAAGAAGGUUGAAUUAUGUCUGAUGAUGUUUAUUUUCUGAAUCUGACGGAAGAACACAGUGGCAUGACGAUUAUAUUUUCUUUUUGGUUUUGCGUAGAACUCGUCUUCGCUCCCAGUGGCAUGACGAUUAUAUUUUCCUUUUAAGUAGUACGUCUACGGAGAACUCGCCUUCGCGUUCGCUCCCAGACUAGCUGUGUAGAAUGAUCAGGUGCGUAAGUAAUCAUGCGUGCUACGAACAGCACUAUCAUUCAGGGGCAUACACGUGACAUAUAUUGAUAGGUGAAAAGGCCAUGACCAGAACCAUUUUGAUUUUCUCUACAAUUUUUUAUGAGUUUCUUCGAGCAAGACGUGCUCUUGUUGUUUCUUGAUAUCAUUCCGAGCCGAAUAAUACGUUCUUUUUGUGGAGCAGUUCUACGGUUUGAUUGCAGCGCGGUGUACUUGUGCGUGCUAUUAUUUUUGAAUAAUACAACUUUUUUGGCAGCUGG